CCUGAAGUGGCAAGUCCUGUUCUGCCUAAACGUGCUUUGCUCAUUUAGUCCUUGAUAGCUGCUGGGUUUGGACAGAACGAUGUCUCAGAAUGGACUCAGUGAGCCUAGCCGCAUGCUGGUGGUGGGGACUAGCGCUGAGGACUGGGACACUCUACUGAGCUGCAUCAAACAGAGCUCGGGCAGUGAGGAGGAGAGCAAGGGCCCUCACGGGGACUACGACGUCACCCUGUCAGUGACCGCCGACAGAGAGGUCACCCUGCUCAGCACCGCCGGCCUCCUGAACCCCGAGCGACCGGACGAGGAGAUCCUCACCGAUCUAGAUGCCUUCACCAGGACGGCCUUGAGCGGCGGUCUGCAGGCCUUCCUGCUGGUCCUACGCGAGGAGGCCUAUGGUCAGAGGGAGCGCCGUGCCGUGGAGAUACUGAGGACCAACUUUGGGGACCACGCCUUCGGGGUCCUGGUGGUGGUGUCCUUGGCCACGGCAUCCUCCUCCUCCUCCGCACUCACGCAGGAGAUGGACGAGGGUCUUCUAGAGCUGGUGGACGUCUGCAACGGGAGGUUCUGUCGUCUCAGCGGCGGCGACGCUGCGACGAAGUCCUCCGACCAGGUGGGGGCGCUGCUGGAGAUGGCGGACUUUGCGCUCUCUCAGUGCGUCCACCACGAGGGCUACACGUGGGACAUGUACGGCGAGGCGCGGAGGAGGCGCGCAGAGGAGGCGGCCGUCACCAUGCUCAGGGAGAAGCUGGCGGAGGCCGAGGGGAAGGAGAUGGAGGCCGCCGAGAGGAUGAGGCAGCGGGAGGAGGCCCGGGCGCAGGAGAUGGAGGAGGUGAGGAGGAGGCACGCGGAGGAGAGGGAGAAGGAGGAGGCUGACCGGAAGGAGUGGCAGGAGAGGAAAGAGAGCUGCGCUGAGGCGGUUAGGGGGUACAAGAGUCUGCUGGAGCUGUCUGAACACAGUGCAGCACCAAUAGGUAGUGGUGGUGAAAAAGGCCAGACAACGAUCGUCUUGCUGGGUCUGUCGGGCAGUGGCAAGACCUUGGCAGCUGACACUAUUCUGACCAGGGCAGCGAGCCGAUUCCCGAGCAGCCGACUGAGGGGGGAGAUCCGAGGCCCCACGGAAUGCUGUGAAGACAGAGCCAUCUGUGUGGACGGGCAUCGCCUGGUGGUCGUGGAUACCCCCGAGCUCUGGGACGAGGACUACCUAGAGAAGCUGAGUGACGUGAGGGACUGCCUGGCUCUGGCCUCACCUGGCCCACAUGCCUUCAUCUUAGUCAUGCAGGUCGGCCGCUUCACCCAAGGCGAGACCAAGCUCCUCAGCCUGAUCCAGCAGACGUUCGGAGGUGACAUCUGCGAGUACCUGCUGGUCCUCUUCACCCGGGACGACCCGCACGGCACCCUGGGAGCAGUGGGCAACAUCGACAGCUAUGUGGCCAACGCCCACCCCGCGCUGCGGGAGACGGUACGCACCUGCGGCAGCCGCUACUAUGCGCUCAACCACGGCAGCCUCCGGAACCCCGUGAGUCACGGCCAGGUGCGGGAGCUGCUGGGUGGAGUGCGCAAGCUGGCCGCCACGCACGGGGGACGCCACUAUGUCUGCCCCCGCUUCAGCAGGCAGGAGCUGGAGGACAGGAGGAGGGAACUCAUGGAGAAGAAGACGAUAAUGAAGAGAUGAGAGGGGGUGAGGAGGUGAGGGGAGAAGAGGAGACGAGGGGAGGAGAGGAGAGAACUCAUAGAGAACAAGAUGAUGAGGAGAUGAGAGGGGGUAAAGAGGUGAGGAGAGGAGAGGAAGAGUAAGAAGACUGUGGUAAGAAGAGGAGAGGGUGAGGAGGUGAGGGGAGGAGAGGAGGUGAGGAGGGAUGAGGAGACGAGGGGAGGAGAGGAGGAGAGAACUCUUAGAGAUGAAGAGAUGACACUAUGGUAAGGAGGAGAUGAGGAGAGAACUCAUAGAGAACA